GUUAUUUAAUAGGUUACAGAAAAUAUACGUGCUAACCUUGUAUUUUUAAUAUCUUUAACGAGGUCAUUUGUUACUACCAAAUCAUAUGUAUGUUUAAAAUUAUAAAAUGGCCACAGUUAUAGUUCCAGAGGCGUCUAGACAUGAUGAAUCUUUACAAUGGAUUAACGAAAGCUUUUUAGUAUCCCAAGACUUUGGCCCCAGUAAUGAAUUAUCCUGUAGACAACUACCAUACUGGAAAACUCUAACAAAACGAAUGUCUGAUUCAUAUCAAUCAUUAGUAAGCUUGUUAUCAAAGAAUAAAAAGAAACGAUUUUCGGGAAGACUUAAUUCGAAAUAUGUAAGAAAUGAAGUAAUUGUUUAUAACGUCAAUAACAGUACUGAAAAGGAGCAAGAAAGUAAUUUAGUUAAUGACUGGUAUAAGAGAGAAUACACCAAUCAAGUUGGGGAACCUCCGAAACACGAUGCGGAGGAGCGCUUAGAGAAGGCUAUUAAUGGAUUAAAAUGGCAGUCUAAGUGCAUUGCUUUUGAUCGACUGUUUUAUGCUCCACCGAUCCAGCGCGAACUAAUGCUAGAGCAAGUAAAUUGGGAUGACACUCCACUAGCUCUAGCCUGCACGUGUCCAGCAACGAUAUGCACAUGCUCGUGUAGGAAAAACUAUUUGUUGCCAGCUCAAAAAAUACCUAGACGACUGUGUCCAUAUUGGUUCGGUGUUAAGCGAUUUUUAUGGUUGUUCCAUUGUGCGAAGUAUCCAAAAUCAGCUGGUACCCUCAUUCCAAAACUAGUUGCUGUUGUCAAUAAACAAUCUGCGUUUUACAAAAGUCCUAAAGGACGUAUAAUACUAACACAGAAAGGUCCAGAGUUUUGCAUGUCCGGUUGUUUACAAUACUUAGUAUCGAGUUCGCAAGCGAAUGCGUUAUUGGCUGCUGAAAUCGCGAAAAUUCAAGAGAUCGACGUUGAAGGACUUCAGGAGAGCGGUGGUACGAAGUUUGACGUACCAGAUGAGAUGGACACCGAAGGAUAUUGUGAUGGGUUCACGUGUACUGUUUCAACGCAAACUGACAACGAUGAAGAAUCCAACGAAUUAUUAAUGGGAGAUUACACUCACGUCCUGUACGCGUCAGUAGAGAAUACCUUCAUGAGUGACAUGGACGGGAAGAAACUGCAGAUAUCAUUUUACAAUGAAGAGCCUCCAGAUCCUUGCGCUUUUAGCCUUAGCAGAGUUUUCCAUGUCGAUGAGUAA